GUAGCGGCAGGUCGACUGAAGGGCUCAGGAGGAUACACAAAAGAAUGCAAAAGAACGGCACAUUUCGCACCGCCACGGCAACGUAUAAUACGUAUCGGAGAAUUGCGGCUACGAAAAUCGAGACGAGGGAGCGAGGGGCACUUAGCCCUUUGGCGAGCUCGAAGGAUGCAGCUCCCAAGCGGGAGCACGAAGAUUCCACCCGCGAGAGCACUGACUUCCCUUUUGAUUAUCGUAAACGGCAACAACAUUGCAACGAUCACCGGGAAUAAACGCAUCAGUAGCAAAAGCAUCAGAAGCGGCGAUUCCGGUUAUAACAAUCAUCGUAGCAGAAGUAGUAAGAAAUACGACAGCAGCGGAUACAAACCCGAUAACGAAUCGACUCUCCCAAAGAAAACCCGCCAUCCCGAGACGAGGGCGGUCGGACAACACCGAGUCACCGAGCAGCAACUUCAGCCGUUGGCGUCAGGUCUACGGCGGAAGGUGUGGGGCGAGGAAUAGUGAAAAGAAAGCACAGAAAAAGAGAGGAACGACGGAAGAAGAGGAAGAGGAGGCGCGAGAGAAGGAGAAGAAGAAGA